AUGGCGUAUAAAGGAAGUUCCAAUGUACAAAAGUUUCUGUAUUUAUUACAUAAUUACAGUUACAAUCACUACCCAGCUCAAACAGCCAUGCCUAGACAAAUUCCUCAAUUUCCACUUGAAAUCACUAUGGAAAUACUCUCAAGGCUUCCUAUCACACCUCUGCUACGAUUCAAAAGCCAAUCUCGUCAUGAGACAACACAAUUUUCCCGUCAGGGAUCCAGAAGAAUUCGAUUCGAGUUCGUCGGAUCUUGCAACGGCUUGAUUUGUGCAUUACUUGAUUCUGACAACAAAAUCAUUGUUUGGAAUCCAACUACGGGAGAAUCUAGACAGUUACCGAAACCCGAUUCUGUUACGGGUGACCAUAAGAUACUCUUCCAUGGAUUCGGAUAUGAUUUCCGUCUCGACGAUUACAAACUAGUAAGAGCCGCACAUUCUUCUUCUACCAAUCAACUUAAAAUGGAAAUCUUUAACUUAAAAGAAAAUGUUUGGCGAUCAGCCGACAACGUCCUCCAUUUCAGUUACGUCUUAGAGGGCUCUCCUGUUGCUUUGAACGGGGUUUUGCAUUGGCUGGUCUCUCAACAUAAUAGUACUAUAUAUGCGAUAUAUUCAUUUGAUUUGGUUGAGGAGAAAUAUCUCGAGAUUGUAUUGGUGCCAGAUCAUGUUUCAAAAAAUUUGGGUACCGAGUUGAAGAUUCUAGGAGCGAGUUUAUGCGUAUGUUCGAGCUGUUAUCCGGAAUAUUUUGAGGCGUGGAUGAUGAACGGAUAUGGCAGCAAAGCCUGCUGGACUAAAUUGUUCAGUAUCUCGAGUGAGGAACUUCCGGGUUGUGAAGAUUCACUUCAUGUUCUAUGGGUCGCAAGGAAUGGUAAUGUUAUAUUGAUUAUGGAUUCAUGUCAAGUAGUUGUUUAUAAUCCAACAAAAAGGAGCUCAAAAGAGUUUUAUCCAGAUAAUGAAUCGUGUUGGUUUGAUGCAAUUACUUACAUGGAGACCAUUGUUUCACCGAAUGCGCAUAUUUCAUCAAUUGAUCAGUAGCCGCAGCAGCUGAAAUUCAGAAGUUUUUUCAGUUAACGCAAACGAAAAGCCGAAACGUAGGAGUGAACAAGUUUAUGUAUGCAUUUUAUACAUAUAAUAUAGUAAGCUGUCUUGUGUUUUGUGUAUUCUCUUUGUAAAUGAGUUUCUAUUGAUUGUGUGUGAUGUGAUGAUGCUCAUAA